CUGAUAAUUUCAAAAUUUUCUGUGCCCCAAUUUCUCAAUAGAGUAGGCGGAAACAUGUCAGGCCGUGGGAAGGGUGGGAAGGGUCUUGGAAAGGGCGGAGCCAAACGACACCGUAAGGUGCUGAGGGAUAACAUCCAGGGCAUCACGAAGCCGGCCAUUCGCCGUCUGGCUCGCAGGGGUGGCGUCAAGCGUAUCAGCGGCCUUAUCUAUGAGGAGACACGCGGUGUUCUGAAGAUCUUCCUCGAGAACGUCAUCCGCGACGCCGUUACUUACACUGAGCACGCUCGACGGAAAACUGUUACUGCCAUGGAUGUUGUGUACGCUCUCAAGAGGCAGGGGCGUACAUUGUACGGUUUCGGAGGUUAAUGUCUUCGUGCGUGGUUGGGAGUUAGGGUUAGAAUUUCUCGUUGUAAAAUGUUUUAGUAGAAGAUUAGGGUUUAGUGAUUUUACGAUUUGGGGAUUUCAGUUGGUGUUACUUAGUAAUGUACUGUGUUUCCACAAAUCAAAUAUAACUUCUGAAUUUUCGUUCAGUUUGUGUA